AUAUUGAGUCAUGCAUUAAAAGUGUGGGGUCUUGAACUUGUACUAAUUAGUUCAGAAGAAGGCCGUGCUUCAAAGAAAAUUCCAGAAUAUUUAAAACAAAUACUUAUUUUUCCUAUCUAUUCAUAA